ACACCACAGUACUGGUCAUCGUAGUCUCUACAAACUACUGGGCGGGAAAUCAACUUUUUAAUUUAUUAAAGUUUUAGUCCUACUUAAUGCAAUGCAUUGUUUGAAAACUCUUAGGACAGUCAACCCCGCAGUCUUGCAGUUGUUGAAAAAUGCAGGAAUCGUGACAAGAAUUGGAGCUGACAGCAGUGUUUUGUCCAGGACGCAACAAACUGGUUUUUUGCCAUGCCGUGUCACAGCAUCACCUCACACUCAAAGGAACCUUCAUCACCAAACCGAUGCUGAUGUAGACGAGGGACACACCAACAGUAGUAGGUUGAUGUCCAGUAUGGAGGAUCUACUUUUCUACACCAUCACCGACGGCAAAGAGAUGAUCCCCAUCUCGCAGUUCAUAUCAGCUUUGAGAAAAACAGGUCUGUGGACAUCUGACCCUCGGCUACGUGACUGUAUGCGCCAGAUUCGCCAAGUCACACUUGACUCUCUGGGCCCCGUCAUGAUGGACAAAACCCUCUUCAGAAGGUGUGUAGGUAACAACAUUAUGUUGCUGACGAAGGCCUUCCGAAAAAUGUUCAUCAUUCCAGACUUUCAAGUGUUCACUCAGAAGAUCAAUGAAUUAUACGACAGUGCACAAGAGCAAGAUGGAGGACAUGUAGCUGAUUAUAUUCCUCAGCUUGCCAAAUUCAGCCCUCACCUGUGGGGUGCGUCGCUUUGCACCAUUGACGGACAAAGACACUCAGUGGGUGACACCAAGGUUCCCUUCUGUCUUCAGUCUUGUGUCAAGCCACUGGAGUACGCCAUCGCUGUUCACGAGCUCGGAGGCGAGCACGUACACCAAUAUGUGGGCAAGGAGCCCAGCGGGUUCAGGUUUAACAAUCUGUCCUUGAAUGAUGAAGAUAGGCCACACAAUCCAAUGGUGAAUGCCGGAGCAAUCGUUAUCAGCUCUUUAAUAAAGCCUAACUCAAACAAAGCGGAAAGGUUCGACUAUGUAAUGGAAUUUUUUAAGCGAACAGCUGGAACAGAGUAUGUUGGCUUCAGCAAUGCAACGUUCCAGUCAGAGAGGGAGACAGGUGAUAGGAAUUAUGCAAUUGGUUAUUACCUCAAGGAGAAAAAGUGCUUCCCUGAGAAUUCUGACAUGACUGCUGCCCUUGACUUCUACUUUCAGCUGUGCUCCAUCGAGAUGACAUGCGAGUCAGGUAGCGUCAUGGCGGCCACCCUGGCAAAUGGAGGCAUUUGUCCAACCACGGGCGAACGCGUGCUGAGCACGGAGGCCGUUCGCAACACUCUGAGUCUUAUGCAUUCUUGUGGGAUGUACGACUUCUCCGGACAGUUUGCCUUCCAUGUUGGCUUGCCCGCCAAAUCUGGGGUUUCAGGAGCCGUGCUCCUGGUGGUCCCGAAUGUCAUGGGUAUGAUGUGUUGGUCCCCCUCUUUGGACCGCCUGGGGAACAGCGUGCGCGGCAUUCACUUCUGUCAGGAGCUGGUUUCUCAUUUUAACUUCCACAAUUACGACAACCUGAGACACUUCACCAAGAAACAUGACCCCAGAAGAAGCAUGGAUGACGAGCCUAACAAGUCAGUCAUAAACUUGAUGUUUGCGGCCUACAGCGGCGAUGUCGCUACUCUCAGGAGGUUUGCUCUCUCAACUUUGGACAUGGAGCAGAGAGACUACGACUCUCGAACAGCUCUCCAUAUAGCUGCCUCAGAAGGUCAUGUAGAAGCUGUGAUCUUCCUAACUGAAGAAUGUAAAGUUAAUCCUUUCAUCAAAGAUAGAUGGGGGAACACUCCUCUAGAUGAUGCCGGACAGUUUGGCCAUCAUGUCAUCGCCAACAUCUUGCAGCAGUACCAGCACGUGUACAACGACAGUGAAUCGUCAGACUACAAGGAGGAGCAGAAGACCAAUGUGGACACGCUGAAGAGCCUCAACUGAGGAUCACAUGAGGUUUAAAUGUAAACUUGAGCACUUGAAAGGUAGCAGCGUUGAAUGUAGAGUUUCAGAUAUAGUUGAGGCAACUUACGCUGUAACUGCUCUCUUGGAGGGAAAGAUCAGUUCAUAUUUUAACCACAUUUUUAAUACUGUAGUUUGGGGAGUUGGGAAAAUAAGCUCAUAGUAACACCAAAGAAAUAUAAUGCAAGGGAAGGAUACAGCACAAUGAACUACAACAAUAGUAGUGAAAAUAUUGUUAAAUCAAUAACUGAGUGACUUGUCAGUAUUAUUAUUUAUAGUUCUUUUAUUCAAUUCUAUUUAACCGUGCAGAUGUAAUUGAUGUUAAUUGAGGGUACAGUGUAUCACAAAAGUGAGUACACCUCUCACAUUUCUGCAGAUAUUUAAGUAUAUCUUUUCAUGGGACA